AUGGUCACACGAUCACAGCUGUUGUAUCUCAAUGUUACAACGUCCAAUGAUAUCGGUCAGACGGUCACCAAUACUGUGACCGUUAUGUCAUAUGAUCAAGUGGGUGAUGGUGUAUACACUUCUGCUCCCGGUUACUCUCAGGCUCCAGUCACUACGACAACUGUCAGUGCAGACACUGCUACUGCCACUGUAGUAAUUUCGCACUUCCCAUCUAUUGGCGUCGAUGGAGUCACCAGGACAGGCACAACUACUCUCUCCACUGUUUCUGUUGGAGGUGAAACUGGCUACACUACAUCAGUCGACAGGGGCAAUGGCAGUAUCGAAACUGAUGUCAUUUCGCAUAUCACCACUACCGACUCCAAUGGUAAUCCUACAACAAUAACCACCACAAUCACCAAUGCACAAUCAGCUUCGAAUUCUAAAGCAAAUGUGGGGUCUGAUUACACCACCACUGUGGUUUCGGACGGUCACACGCUCACCGAGAUUGUAUCCCAUAGUACAGGUACUGAUGAGCAUGGCCACACAAUUGUUUCUACAGUAACAGAAACUCUAGGUGUACAGAGUCAUGGAAACACUGUCUCAAGUACAGUACCAGUCUCAACAGUAUCCGGUGCAGGAUCUAAUGCAUCUGGAGCAGCAGGUGUAGGUGGUAUUGUCAACUCUCAGAAACCUCAGUCACAAAAUGUGGCUGACCAAGGGUCUGGCAACGAAAAGCCAACACAAGCCUCGGCACAGCCGGUGGUAGUGGCUCUGGCUCUGGCUCUGGCUCUGGCUCUGGGUCAGUUCACCAAUCGGCAGGCAGUAAUGUACCAUCUGGAUCCCCAUCUGUUCAGAGUGCAAAGGGUACUGUGUCUCCAGUCAGUGGUAUUCAUAGUAGCCAAACACCACACUCUGUACCUUCCCAAGCCCAACAACAAGGACAAGGACAAGCACCAUCAUCACGUCAACAGUCUGCCACGACUGUUCUAUCACCUUCUGGUUCCUCUGUUAACAACAUCGGCAGUGGAUUCAGCAGCACGCAAACAGCAUCUGUCCUACAGGGUAAGGGUGCUUCGAUUAGAGUUGCUUCUUCCAGUAUUGUAUUCUCCAUUAUUGCAGUAA